AUGGGGAAAAAAAUGGGAUUUUUGGAGGCCGCCCGUUCCCGCUAUCGCCGCAUCCUCUCGGAUUCCGCCCGGAAAUUGAAUUCCCAAGGAUCCCAACUCGGGAAUUGCAUCGAGAGGGCCCGGCCCUACUACGAGGCCCGGAGGAGAGCCAAGGAGGCGCAGCAGGAGACGCAGCGGGCGGCGCUGCGGUACGAGCGGGCGGUGGGGAUGCACAACGCGGCGCGGGAAAUGGUGUUCGUGGCCGAGCAGGGAAUGGGCACCGGGAAAAACCGCCUGGAUCCCACCUGGCAGGAGAUGCUCAACCACGCCACCAGGAAGGUGAACGAGGCGGAGCAGGAGCGGCUCUGGAGCGAGCGGGAGCACCAGAGGGUGACCAGGCUGUGCCAGGAGGCCGAGGCCGAGGUGCAGCGGCUGCAGAAAUCCCUGAGGCGCGACAUCGCCCGCAGCCGGCCCUACUUCGAGCUGAAAGCCCAGUUCAACCAGAGGCUGGAGGAGCACAAAUCCCGCGUGAAUUCCCUGGAAUCCGCCGUCUCCCAAGCCAAGCUCCGCUAUUCCGUCGCCCUCCGCAACCUGGAACAGAUCAGCGAAGAAAUCCACGCCCGCCGAUUCCAGAGAAUCCUCCGGAAAAAACACCGGGAAAACCCUCUGGGAGCCGAGGGAGGAUCCCAAAACCCCGAAACCCCGGGAAUUCCCGGUAGGACGGGCGGGGAAGAUCCCGGGAUUCCCGGAAUUCCGGCGGGAAUUUCAACGUCCGGGGAUUCUCUGUCGGUGCUGAGCCUCCAGACCAUCGCCUCGGAUCUGCAGAAGUUCGACUCCGUGGAACAUUUGGCGGGAAUUCCCGGGAUUUCGGGAAUUCCGGAUGCGCUGAGUCUGCAGGGAGAGGAGUUGGGGGAGGGGAGGGAGAGGAGGCGGAAUUUCCGGCACCAUCGGAGCGUCAGCCUCUGA